CGGCGGCGCAGGAGGAUGUACUUGGUGGCGGGGGGCAGGGGGCUGGCCGGCUGCGGGCACCUCCUGGUCUCGCUGCUGGGGCUGCUGCUGCUGCUGGCGCGCUCCGGCACCCGAGCGCUGGUCUGCCUGCCCUGCGACGAGUCCAAGUGCGAAGAGCCCAGAAACUGCCCAGGGAGCAUCGUGCAGGGGGUCUGCGGCUGCUGCUACAUGUGCGCCCGCCAGAGAAACGAGAGCUGCGGCGGCGCCUACGGGCUCCACGGAGCCUGCGACCGGGGGCUGCGCUGUGUCAUCCGCCCCCCGCUCAAUGGCGACUCCAUCACCGAGUACGAAGUGGGCGUUUGCGAAGAUGAAAACUGGGAUGAUGACCAACUGCUUGGUUUCGAACCAUGUAAAGAAAACCUUGUUUCUGGCUGCAAUAUCAUCAAUGGGAAAUGUGAAUGCGUCACCAUUCGGACCUGCAACAAUCCCUUCGAGUUUCCGAGGAAGGACAUGUGCCUUUCAGCUUUGAAGAGGAUUCAGGAAGAGAAGCCAGAUUGCUCCAAGGCCCGCUGCGAAGUCCAGUUCUCCCCGCGCUGUCCUGAAGAUUCCGUUCUGAUCGAGGGCUACGCGCCCCCCGGGAAGUGCUGCCCCUUGCCCAGCCGCUGCGUGUGUGACCCUGCGGGCUGCUUGCGCAAAGUCUGCCAGCCGGGAUACCUGAACAUACUAGUGUCAAAGGCCUCAGGGAAGCCGGGAGAGUGUUGUGACCUCUAUGAGUGCAAACCAGUGUUCAGCGUGGACUGCAGCACUGUGGAGUGCCCCUCCGUCCAGCAGGCCGUGUGCCCCCUGGAUAGCUACGAAACUCAAGUCAGACUCACAGCGGAUGGUUGCUGCACUCUGCCAACAAGAUGCGAGUGUCUCUCUGGCUUAUGUGGUUUCCCCGUGUGUGAGGUGGGAUCCAUUCCCCGCAUAGUCUCUCGUGGAGAUGGGACACCCGGAAAGUGCUGUGAUGUCUUUGAAUGUGUUAAUGAAACCAAGCCAGCCUGCAUGUUCAACAAUGUGGAGUACAACGACGGAGACAUGUUCCGACUGGACAAGUGUCGGUUCUGCCGAUGCCAAGGGGGCGUGGCCAUCUGCUUCACUGCCCAGUGCGGCGAGCUGAACUGCGAGAGGUACUACGUGCCCGAAGGGGAGUGCUGCCCCGUGUGCGAAGAUCCGGUGUAUCCCUUUAAUAAUCCCGCCGGCUGCUAUGCCAAUGGUCAGAUCCGCGCCCACGGAGACCGGUGGCGGGAGGACGACUGCACGUUCUGCCAGUGCAUCAACGGCGAGUCCCACUGCGUGGCCACGGUCUGCGGGCAGAGCUGCAUGAACCCCGUCAAGGUGCCUGGCGAGUGCUGCCCGGUGUGCGAAGAACCAACCUACAUCACAAUUGAUCCGCCUGCAUGCGGGGAGUUAUCGAACUGCACCCUGACCGAGAAGGACUGCAUUUAUGGUUUCAAGCUUGACCAUAGUGGCUGUCGAACUUGUCAGUGCAAAAGCAGGGAGGAGCUGUGCACAGGCCUCCGGCGGGGCUGCACGCUGGACUGCCCCUUCGGCUUCCUGACCGACGCCCACGGCUGCGAGAUCUGCCGGUGCCGCCCCCGGCCCAAGAAGUGCAGACCCAUCAUCUGUGACAAGUACUGCCCGUUUGGAUACCUGAAGAAUAAGCACGGCUGUGACAUCUGUCGCUGUAGGAAAUGCCCAGAGCUCCCAUGCGGUAAAACCUGCCCCUUGGGUUUCCAGAAGGACAGUCAUGGCUGUUCCACCUGCAAGUGCAGAGAGGUCCCCACGUCAGCCAAGUCGCCUGAGCUGUCAGGCACGUGCCUGUCCAUGGAUGGCCAUCAUCAUAGACAUGAGGAGAGCUGGCACGACGGGUGCCGGGAAUGCUACUGUCACAACGGACGAGAAAUGUGCGCUCUGAUCACCUGCCCGGUGCCUGCCUGUGGCAGCCCCACCAUUCGCCCGGGACAGUGCUGCCCGUCGUGCUCAGAUGACCUUGUGGUGCAGAAGCCAGAGCUCAGCACCCCCUCCAUCUGCCACGCCCCUGGAGGAGAGUACUUUGUAGAAGGGGAAACAUGGAACAUAGAUUCUUGCACUCAGUGCACCUGCCACAGCGGGCGGGUGAUGUGUGAGACAGAGGUGUGCCCGCCACUGCUCUGCCAGAACCCCUCGCGAACCCAGGACUCCUGCUGCCCACAGUGCUCAGAUGCGCCGCUCCAGCCCUCCGCGCCCCACAACGACAGCGCGCCCAGUUACUGCAAGAACGACGAAGGGGACAUAUUCCUGGCAGCCGAGUCCUGGAAGCCCGACGUUUGCACCAGCUGCGUGUGCGUGAACAGCGUGAUCAGCUGCUACUCCGAGUCGUGCCCGUCGGUGUCCUGCGAAAGACCGGUCCUGCGGAAAGGCCAGUGCUGUCCCUACUGUAUAGAAGACAGCAUCGCGAGGAAGGUGGUUUGCCGCUUCGGCGGGAAGGCCUACGCGGACGAGGAGCGCUGGGACAUCGACAGCUGCACGCACUGCUACUGCCUGCAGGGCCAGACCCUCUGCUCCACCGUCAGCUGCCCGCCCCUGCCCUGCGCGGAGCCCCUCAACGUGGAGGGCAGCUGCUGCCCCAUGUGUCCAGAAAUGUAUGUCCCGGAACCAACCAAUGUCCCCAUUGAGAAGAUAAAUCAUCGUGGAGAGACGGACCUGGAGGUUCCCAUGUGGCCCACUCCUAGUGAAAAUGACAUUGUCCAUCUACCCAGAGACAUGGGUCACCUCCAGGUGGAUCACGGGGAUAACAACCGGCGGCGCCCGGGCGAAGACCCUUCGCUGGACAGCAUCGCCUCGGUCGUGGUCCCCAUUGUGAUCGGGCUGUCUAUCAUCAUAGCAUUCCUGCUCAUCAACCAGAAGAAACAGUGGGUACCCCUGCUGUGCUGGUACCGCACACCGACGAAGCCUUCCUCCUUAAAUAAUCAGCUGGUAUCUGUGGACUGCAAGAAAGGGACCCGCGUCCAGGGGGACAGUGCCCAGAGAAUGCUCAGAAUUGCUGAACCAGAUGCGAGAUUCAGUGGCUUCUACAGCAUGCAAAAACAGAACCAUCUACAGGCAGACAAUUUCUACCAGACGGUGUGAAGAAGGGGAGUGGGGUGAGGUUUCAGAAGACAGAAGCGACUCAGUCUGCUCUGAAAAGUAAACUAGAGUGUGUGCACUUGCUUAGUGGGCUGGAUCGGGUUGAGACUUGAUGUGCAGCGCUAAGAACUCCUGGGAUGGGCUCUGUCUACAGCAGUGUGCAGAACAAGCAUUCCCACUUUUCCUCGAGAUAACUGACCAAGUGUUUUCUUAGAACCAAAGUUUUUAAAGUUGCUAAGGUAUAUUUGCUUGUAAUAUAGCGGUAGAGAUAUUUGGGGUGGGACCGUCGAGUUUGGUUGGGGAAGUGGGUGGGAGGGUGGUGUUGGGAGGACAAGUUGGUCAGCGUGGCUCCGGGAGACAUCCAGUCAAACAGCAGCAGCCUCGUGGCCAAAGGGUGUUCUUUCCUGUUGCUCUGAAGACUGCACAGGCUGUGGCACAGCUCAGGCCUGAGCGAGCAGGAAGCAGAAACAGGCCUGUGAUCCAGCCGCCGCCGCCUUAGCACCGCCAGCCGACGCCCGCACCUUCCGUAGCCGCCCAGGUCUAAGCCCAGGCCCUUCCUCUAGUCGCAAGCGCAGCAGGCAGCGAGGGCGAGAGGAGCGUGGGGGCACGUUUCUCUGAAGGGGUUACUAAGGAUAUAGAGUUAGACUUUUUGCUGCUUUCGUUUUCUUCCAAGCCAGUCAGCCAGUUGCUAGCAGUCGGCAGGUCAACAGGACCCAGAGUCAUUUCUCGGUGUGAGCACUGGAGCUUUCUGAGGACAGCGUGGCAGGGAGGGGCGGGGGCAGGACGCCAGGUAUUUCCAGGGCUACACGUCACUGUUUGUCGUUGCUUCGUUCUGUUAGAUUGUUGGUUGUUCAGUUUUUGUUGAAGCUCUAGCUUAAGAAGAAACUUUUUCUAAAAAAAGACUGAUUGGGGAUUUUUUUUUUCCUUAUUAUAUACUGAUUCUACAAAAUAGAAACUACUUCAUUUUAAUUGUAUAUUAUUCAAGCACCUUUGUUGAAGCUCAAAAAAAAAAUAUGCCUCUUUAAACUUUAGCAAUUAUAGGAAUAUUUAUGUAACUAUCUUUUGCUUCAAAAAAAAACAAAAGUAUUUGUGUGCGUGUGUAUAUAAUAUAUAUAUAUACAUAUAUAUUUAUACACAUACAGUUUAUGUUUUCCUGUUGAAUGUAUUUUUAUGAGAUUUUAACCAGAGCAAAGACAAACAGGCAUUCCAUAUCAGUGCUUUCGAUCACUUAUAAAUUUUUGAAUAACACAAAAUCUCAUUCUACCUAAAGCCGAAUGGGGAAGAAAGAUGUGUGCAAGUGUGUGUCCGCACACGCCCUGGGCCGUCAGCGUCACACCUGCUGUGGAGAGGGGUUCCUUAGUGAAUCUUCAUUCGGAUUUGCUUUCAGUUGGUUUUCAAUUCGCUCCACUGGCCAGAAACAUUGAUGACAGUUUAUCUUCAUCAGCUCCUGGAUGUUUGUUUUUUUUUCAAACAACUGUUUGAAACAACUACUGGAAUAUUGUCCAUAAUAAGCUGGAAGUUUGUUGUAGUUUGCCUCAAAUAUAACUGUAUACUAUAGUGUUAACUUUUCAAACAGCUCUUAGCACUUUUAUACUAAUUACCCAUUUGUGCAUUGAUUUUUUUUUUUUCUUUUAAAAAUGCUUGUUGUGAAAGACACAGAUACCCAGUAUGCUUAAUGUGAAAAGAAAAUGUGUUCUGUUUUGUAAAGGAACUUUCAAGUAUUGUUGUAAAUACUUGGACAGAGGUUGCUGAACUUUAAAAAAAAUUAAUUUAUUAUUAUAAUGACCUAAUUUAUUAAUCUGAAGAUUAACCAUUUUCUUUGUGUUAGAAUAUCAAAAAAGAAAAAGAAAAAGGUGUUCUAGCUGUUUGCAUCAAAGAAAAAAAAGAUUUAUUAUCAAGGGGCAAUAUUUUUAUCUAUUUCCAAAAAUUAAAUUUGUUAAUGAUAUGUUACCAAAAUAGAUUUACAUCAGCCUGAUUAUUAUAAAAUUUUGUUGACAAUUAAUCCAUUCCUGGCAUAAAAAGUCUUUAUCAAAAAAAAUUGUAAAUGCUUGCUUUUUGUUUUUUCAAUCAUGGCCAUAUUAUGAAAAUACUAACAGGAUAUAGGACAAGGUGUAAAUUUUUUUAUCAUUAUUUUAAAGAUAUGAUUUAUCCUGAGUGCUGUAUCUAUUACUCUUUUACUUUGGUUCCUGUUGUGCUCUUGUAAAAGAAAAACAAAUAUAAUUUCCUGAAGAAUAAAAUAGAUCUAUGGCAGGCACUUGGCGUG